AAACUAAAUGACUUCAUGGAUCGCCAUUGUCACUGUCGGCAGUACAUCUUUCAAAUCAAGAAAUGUGAUCCUCACAGAGUUGACGAUUGUUGGUAUUGUGUCAUCAAUCCUCCAAGACUGCCUGAUGAUGAGUUUGAACAAUUGAAUUUCAUUCCUGAUCCUGUUGUAUCUCCUGAAAGUGGAGAUAAGUUUGAAGAGUUUCAUUCUGUCUAUGGUACAGACACUACUGAUUCAGCUAGACCCUCCUUGAGUUCUGUCACCAUGUCUUCAAUAAGAGACAAGCAAAACAGGAAAAUUCUCACUGCAAACAAAGUUCGAGAGUCAGUAACAUGUGUUGAAUGUCGUAAACCGAGAUGUGUUUAUUCAGACACCAGACUUUCCUACAAAGACAAAACAGCCUUGAUCCGCAUGAGAGAGGGACGUUCUUACACUUGUGGGUCACCACUGUUUCCUCCAGCAUCUCCAUACUUUGAAACGCUAGUUGUGAAAGAGAGUCUCAGAUGUUCGUCCACAAUGAAGACUACAUACUAUGCCAGUAAUACAUGUUCUUUGCCAAGUGUUUGCUUUCACUGCGGAAUUGCCAGGUCAGAAGAUUUUGCUGAUGACAGUGUAAUCCAUGAACUUCAGGCUAUGUACAGCACUGUGAGGCCUAUCUGUCGAUCUUGUAAACAAUCAGGAAAAGAAGCUGCAGUGAGGGGGAAACGUAAUGUUAAAAAACUGAGAACAUCAUAA